UAAGUUUUAAAGCGGCUUCAAUCGGGGUUUACUUUAUGGUGAAAAUAUCAGCAAAAUAAACAUAAAGUGGCUGGGUUCUAAAAAUUGAUGAAACGGUUCUUACAUUGCAUGAACUAAUUACAAUGAAUUUCCUAUACGCUUACUAUUGCAAAGCAAAUGGCCGCAUUGGACAAUGUUCUUUCUCUGAAGACUGUGCAUGGCCAAUGGAGAUGGUUAGAUACAACGCAGAUUGCGCAAAAUCUGGACUUAGUGGUGAUGUUGUAUGCUGUUUAAGGCCAACAUAUCGUCCGAUAAGAACCACUAGAAGAACUACAACACCUGCCACAAUACUGGAAAAGGAAACCAUAAAUCCUCGUGGUCUCGCUUUACUCAAUCAACACGAUUGUGGCAAUGUGGAGGAUACUCGCGUUGCUAAUGGCAUAGAUGCUAUGCUAGGUGAAUUUCCGUGGAUAGCAUUACUACUCAGUUCUGAGAAGAAUACAAUGUGUGGCGGUUCUGUAAUAACAGAACGCUUUGUUUUGACAGCGGCUCACUGCAUUCAGAAUAAUUUACAAUUUGUGCGCCUGGGCGAACAUGACCUGAUGACCGAAGAAGAUUGCUUAUCCAUCGGUUAUUGUCAAACAUUUGUAGAAUUUCGUAUAGAUCCAAUCCAGAAACCGUUUAUACAUCCCGACUACAACGCGGUGAACAAGCACAAAGAUAUUGCUUUGAUAAAACUUGAAGAAGCUAUCGACUUUCAAGCUUACCAUCAUAUCAAACCCAUUUGUUUGCCAACAUCACCAAGUGAUUACGCUAUGUUGCCAACGGAUAAUUUAGUGUUAGCCGGUUGGGGACUAACCGAAAGUAAUGACGUGCGCGGUUCUGAUAUUCUACAGAAAGGUUAUCUCAAACUCGAAGCUUUGGAUAUUUGCCAAAAAUUACACUCAUUCUAUGAUAUAGAUCAAUCUAAGCUCUGUGUUAAGUCUGGUGCAAACCAUACGGUUUCUUGUCAAGGCGAUUCUGGUAGCCCCAUAUUUUGGGAAACCAAGUACAUGAGGGGCAGGUUCUGGCGAAAACAUUAUACGCAAGUUGGUUUGGUAUCCCUGGGUGGUAAAGUAUGUGGCAAGUUAACUUCAAUACCAUAUGCAUACGAAAAUAUCACCGAUUCCAUGCCGUGGAUAACGAAUACUAUUUUAAAAUGAAAUCGCCAUAAUAAAGUACUUGAUUAAGUUA